AGCAGACCCGUGGUUUAGAACCCGAUGGCUUUAACUUUUGGAAGAGAUUCGAGGGGAAAGUAGGUGACCGUCUGAAAGACAUCAUGACAAGGGCUACUGUGGCUGAUGCUGAUCAUAAGCCAGGUUUACUACAGGAGCACGAGGCAUGCAAGGCCAUCUUUGAUAAAGUGCUCACUGAGGCGGAAUAUCAAAAAUUACUGACUAGGAAGGACGUCAGCCUUUCCCACAAAGCCCUACAGGGGGCGCUCAUGAUCUCGCACUACCGACACGAGAUCCGUUUCCAGCAGUCCUAUCAGUUCCUGACAAAGCUGAUUGAUGUGGACGCCCUCAUGAACAAGUGGAGAUACCACCAUGUGUUUAUGGUGCAUCGUAUGAUCGGUGCCAAGCCGGGAACUGGGGGAUCCGCAUCCGGGUAUCACUACCUUCGCUCAACCAUCAGUGACAAGUAUCGCAUCUUUCUGGACCUGUUCAACCUGUCCAACUACUACCUGCCCCAAGAGUUUGUUCCUGAGCUCACCGAUGGAAUGAAAGCCAUCCUUUCUCCCAAGUAAAAGUCAUCAAGAAUGUGUGACUCAUUACAAAAUACGAUCCUAAAGAAGUGAAUACAGUCGAUCUCUCUCUUUGCGAGUAUGAAUGAGAAAAUAUAUCUGUUAUGAAUAUUUCAAACUUUUUAAAGAGUAAAGUGUUAAUAUAUUACUUUAAAGAAAUAUUACCUAAUAUAUGUCUAUAUUGUUCUGUAAAUUCAACUUUGAUAUUACUUAUAAUACUACUGGUACUACUACUUCUACAACUACCAAGGGUUUGUUCCAGAGCUCACAAAUUAAAUGAAAGCUUUCAUUUCUCCGAAGUAAAAGUCAUCGUGAAUAUGUGACCCCUUGCAAAAUACAAUCCAAAUUAACUUAUCACAGUACAACUCUCUUUCUCUCUGACACUGAAUGAGAAAACAUCUCUUUUAUAAAUAUUUAAAACUGUUUUAAGAGUAAAGUGUUAAUAUAUUACUUUAAAGAAAUAUCACGUAAUAUAUGCCUAUAUUGUUCUGUAAAUUUAACCUUCCUUGCUACUACUUCUACAAUCUAUUAGAGGUGAUCACAAUGCAUCUCUCUUUCUCUCUGACAAUGAAUGAGAAAAUAUCUCUUUUAUGAAUAGUUUAAACUUUUUUGAGACUAAAUUGUUAAUAUAUUACUUUAAAGAAAUAUUACUUAAUAUAUAUCUCUAUUAUUGUUUCUGUAAAUUCUACUUUGCUUUUACUGCUACUACUACUACUACUACUACUACUACCAAUGGUUUGAUCCAGAGCUCACGGAUUAAAUGAAAGUUAUACUUUAUCCCAAUUAAAAAUCACCAAAAAACGUGUAACCUCCGUACAUAAUACAAUGAGUAAUAAGUGAUCACAGUCUCUCUGAAAAUGAAUGAGAAAACAUCUCUUUGAUGAAGAUUUAUCAAUGUUUUAAUGCUACAAUACCUAAUAUAUUGUUUUCUCCAUGCAAAUACAAUGAUAAAGCGAACAUUGCAGAUAUAAAUGGACAAACUGGGAAACAUAGGUAAAGGCAAUCGUGUGAAAUAGUAAAGGUAAAACUGAGAUGAAAGGGGAUAUGAUUAAAAAUGUGGCGCGUUGCUGAAGAAAUAACUUGUUCACAGUAAACAACUAAAUUAUUCAUACCCUAAACAAGGUUUUGUAAUUUGUUAAAAAUGAUUUGCCCCGAUUUAUAUCUCUGGAGAAUGCCCCAUACGAAAGCUUACAUAUAAAAGUAUUUAACGAAAGGCCAUAAUUAAACCACUCCCCCGUUCUUUCUUGC